UCUCUCUCAUAUUCUCUCUUUAACUCUUUCUGAGGUCUUUUUAUAAGUUCCUGAAUCAACAGCCUCUUGUUCCAGGGUUCUUGUGUGAAUGAACCAUACCCUUUUUUGUGUCUGUCUGUUUUUCUUAAAGGGCCUCCUCUGUUGUCUAACUGCUAUGUCUUCAGCAACUCUGGUUCUGUCUCUGGCAACCUGAAGAGGCCCGGAGGGGCUGAGCACUAAGUGGCAGAAGGUCAACUUGAUGGAUGCCGGGAUGUCGGGUGGCAAAGUGGAUGGUGGUGGCAGUGUUGCUGUCCUGCGGCGGUCUGAAGCCAGGGAAGGGGUGGCCCAAAGAGAGGAAGAGCAGGAAGAAGAGGGGGAUGAAGAUCUCCGAGAUGGCGGAGUCCCCUUCUUUGUGAACAGAGGAGGGCUUCCUAUCAAUGAGGUCACCUGGGAAAGGAUGUGGAAGCACGUGGCCAAGAUCCAUCCUGAGGGAGAAAGAGUCACUCUGAGGAUCCGUGGAGCUACGGACCUACCCAAGAUCCCCAUACCAAGUGUGCCUAUGCUCCAGCCAUCCACACCUAUCCCUGAGCGCCUGGAAGCUAUACAGCGCUAUAUCAGGGAGCUUCAGUACAAUCAUACAGGGACACAGUUCUUUGAAAUCAAGAAAAGCAGGCCUUUGACUGGGCUGAUGGAUCUGGCCAAAGAAAUGACGAAAGAGGCUCUGCCAAUCAAGUGUCUGGAGGCUGUGAUUCUGGGAAUUUACCUCACCAACAACAUGCCAACACUGGAGCGUUUCCCCAUCAGCUUCAAAACCUACUUCUCAGGGAACUACUUCCGCCAUAUUGUGCUGGGAGUGAACUUUGGAGGCCGCUACGGGGCGCUGGGCAUUAGUCGGCGUGAGGAUCUCAUGUACAAGGCGCCCACUUUCCGUACACUGAGCGAGCUGAUCUUUGACUAUGAGGAGGCAUACCGCCGCUGCUGGCACACCCUAAAAAAGGUGAAGCUUGGCCAGUGUGUGUCCCACGAUCCUCACAGCGUGGAGCAGAUUGAGUGGAAGCAUUCUAUCUUGGAUGCAGAGAAACUGGGCCGUGAGGACUUCCGCAAGGAGCUUGAGAGGCAUUCCCGUGACAUGAGGCUAAAGAUCAGCAAAGGAACAGGGCCACCAUCACCCACCAAGGAUAGGAAGAAAGAUGUCUCAUCCCCGCAGCGAAACCAAUCCAGUCCGCAUCGUCGCAACAGCCGGACAGAGAGGCGGCCAUCUGGAGAGAAGAAACCUGCAGAGUCCAAAGCCAUGCCAGAUCUUAAUGGCUACCAAAUCAGAGUGUAAAGAGUCUCUUGCCGUGUGUCGGACCAUGGGCUGGACGGCGUUUGGACCGAUUCCGCCUGCAGGGUGCGUGGUGCCGGAAAAGAGAGACAUUGGGUGGGAAGUGCUGGUUUUCUCCAAGGUGUUUCCUGCACUGCUGCCCCCAAAGCAGUGCCCUGCGGAUGGCAGAGUGUCCACUUCUCAGACUUACAAAGGGAGAUGUUUUUAAAUCCAGCAACUAAACAAAACCCUUAAAGUAGCAGACCUGCCAGCCGGUUGUUCAGUGUUGUACAGUAUUGGUAAGGAAAGGAAUCUUUCACAGUGCUGCUGCUGUCCAUGCAGCCCACGUGGAGCUGUGAUACUUUUAACUUUUUAUAGCCCCUUAGUGGGCAUUAAUCUCUUUUCUUUGCUUCUGAAGGAAUCAAGCUAACAUGGGGAGGAAGAGAGCUGGGGCAGGGGACUGGAAUCAAAAAACCCUGAUCCUGUGAAAGAUUUUCUGAAUUUGUACCUUCUGAGAAUUUUAAUAUUUUUUACUAAGGUGGAGAAGGAGGGGAAACAAACCAUAUCUUUGCAAAUGCUCUAAAAUCACCCACUUGAUCCUUGUGCUCACUUGGUGGAGUGCCUUGUAGGAUGAGAAGCUGCUCACCUGUUACACAGCUCAUGCGGCAAGCUGAUGGGUUUGAUCUCCAGGAAGCAAGACUUUAGAGGAGGCAGCUCAGGAGGUGCCUGCCUGAUUGGCUCUGGAAGCUGAAUGAAGGGCAGUGAGGUCUUAAUGGCCUAGUCAUGGCACUUGCCCACGGAGAAGCAUUCAAGAGAGACCAGAUUUCCAUCUCUUCACUUUCUGGUGCUAUUCUGGUGUUGAGUGUGUUAGUAGAGCAUCACAGUCGUGGAAUGGGGGUGCAAAGAGCAGAUCCCUCUGGCUUGAAUUCGUAAGCCAGAAGCGCAGAGCCUCAGUCCCAGAGACCAAACCGGGCUUUCCAAAGGGGCCAAAUCCAGCCCCCUGGGG